CGGAAAUCCCGUCCCCGCAGCCAGCAAUACAAGGAUCAGAAUCCGCUGACAUAGUGAGGAGACGUCUGGGCAUCAAGUUCUGCAGGGAGAACAUUUAGCUGAAACAAGUCCCGGUGAUAGUCAAGACACUUCAACAAGUGGAAGAAAACAGGAGUACUUGGAGAAAGCCGUGUAAACCUAGAGAACACACAACUCCAUUAAGAUAUUGCCCUUCGUUGGCUCUGGACUGCCAAGUUGGUUUCCAUAAGGGAAAAUGAAGUGAAAGUUGUGCAGAGAGCUCCAGACUGUAAUGUGAAAGGCAACGUUUACUUCCAUAGAAAUGGAUUCCCUAAUAUGCAGUUUAGUCGCCGGUGUCCCCACCCUGUGAAGGGUGGACAGAGCUGUCCCUGAUGCCUCAGCAAGACAGUUGAGAGAUCUCCAUGCAAGCCAGACAAGAACAAGCAUCCAGAAUAAGAUUCGACAUGGGGGAGUGGGGCUUCCUGAGCUCGCUGUUAGAUGCAGUACAGGAGCACUCUCCCAUGGUGGGACGGUUCUGGCUGGUGGUGAUGCUGAUUUUCCGCAUACUGAUUCUGGCCACGGUGGGCAGCGAUAUGUUUGAAGAUGAACAGGAGGAAUUUGUGUGUAACACUUUGCAGCCUGGUUGUCGUCAGGUGUGCUACGACCAAGCUUUUCCCAUCUCGCACUACCGCUUCUGGGUCUUCCAUAUUGUGCUGCUGUCGGCUCCAGCAGUGCUCUUUGUCAUCUAUUCCAUGCACCAGAAUACCAAGAUAGGAAGAGAUGCAGAAGACGCGGCAGCUCAGCACGGACAGCAGACCAGCACCAGAACCAAGUUAAGGGCUGAGCAGCGGGGGCGCCACAUACGAACCUUCUACAUCAUCAAUGUGGUGAUGAGGAUACUGGCAGAGGUGGGUUUUUUGGUGGGACAGUGGCUUCUCUAUGGGUUUAAAGUCUCCCCAGAGUAUGCUUGUGUGCGUUUUCCCUGCCCAAAUAUAGUGGACUGUUUUGUAUCCAGACCCACAGAGAAGACCAUUUUUCUAAAUUUCUACUUUGUGGUGGGGAUCAUCUCUGCAGUUCUCAGUCUGUCUGAACUGCUGCACAUUCUGGUGAAAGGAAAAUGUCGCUCCCGGGAUGGUCUAGGACCUAGUCCACCUCCGGCCUAUGAGCGGGAUAACUGGUCCAACCGAGAGCACGAGAGGACAAACCAUCUUUUUUUACAGAGGCAAACCAAUGAUGAGCGUAGGGCCAGCGGUGCUGGUGGCCACCGACUAUCCAUUGCAUACCCUCCCGGCAGCGCUUACAAGCUGAAAGUGACUCCUAGCUCAGCCAUCAGCAGUAAGUCGUCCAGACUGAUCAAAGGGGACCUAACUGUAUAGAGUAGGUAUAAAAGUUGCAACAUAGGGGAGAGAUGACCGUCUGUAUCUGUGUAAAAAGGACUCAAAAAUAACUUGUACUUUAAAAAAAGCACCUUGGGUCAGGACUUGCUAUUAGCUUUAGAAUCUCAUUUUAUGACUUUUAUAGCUAGUGGAGGAGAUGGGUACAGGUCGAAAAGUAAGUGAACCUAAGAAGCUAACUACAGCACUAUAGACUUUGAGAGGACUGUGUACUAGAGCGGCCUCUACAAGAGGAGGAAAAUGUACUGUAUUCUGUAUGUCAGAAAAGGGGUGAUGUACCGAUGGUGGAGACAACAGACCAUGACGCAACUCUUCAUUUCAAGGGCAAAAUUAAAGAAGCACUCCAGGUUUUUUUCCUGCCCAUAUCAUGCACACUCACCACCACUAUUCCUACAGCGCCAUCUGUUUUAUUCCAACACAACUGCAUCUAUAUGUUUUAUUACUGUCAUGUGACCAGCAUACAGUCUAUCAGAAAAUCACAUGGCUUUAUCUGUCUCAGGAAGUGGUCAGUCAGGAUGACAGCAUCAUCUAUCAGAUCUCUCUGAUCAGCUCCGAGACCCGUUUCUGUUUCUGCUCUAUCUGUAUACUGCUGCUGCUAUAUGUAUGGGAUCAGGAUAUAUGGCAGUUAUACCCCUGCUCUGAGGCUGUGUUCACACGCUGCAUUUUCAACGCAUUUUUUCUGUUUUUACCAAAAUUGUCACAAACAUAGAGCUAUUUUUCCUUAAAAGUUCAAACUACAUGCAAAACAUGUCAUUUUUACAUUCAUUUUGGAAAAUUGCAGCAAAAGCAUGGUAAAAACUUGCAGAGAAUGCAGUGAGAAUUUUACAUGUGAGUACAGCCUAAAGGCUUUAAAUCUUCAUAAAACAGCUCAAUUGUGAUUUUAGGUCACAUCACCUUCUCCUUAUGGCUAGAUUUCUCUAAAAUAUGCACUUUGAAUAGGAAAACGCAUUACACCUGCACAUAAUGUGAACUGACACUGACCCACUUAUGAAUCUCAGCAGUUUAAGCUUCUGGAGCCUAGCCAAGAUGACAGAUCGAUCACCAGGUGAUCUCAUGAGAAGAACUGAGACUCUGCCCACUCUCUCUACAAAAUCAGAGGAUUCAUUAGAAUUGUAGCUAGCAUUAGGAAAUAAUUUCAGUGUGGAAAUACAAAUCAAUAUGGCAGAAAACCCAUACCUGCCAGAUCAGCCAAAACAGAUAAGCACAAGGUAUACACAAGAGCCUCUACAUUGUUCUCUUAUAAUAGCCAAAGCAGCUCUAUAUAUUCAAAAAGAAAAUUCCCAGUGAGCCUUUUUGAAGGAAAUCUGUCAAAAGUUAAAAUGCUUACAGCCCUAUAGAGAGAUUAGCUCUGAGUGACAGCCCUAUAGAGAGAUUAGCUCUGAGUGACAGCCUGUAAGAGAGGUUGGCUCUGAGUGACAGCCUGUAAGAGAGGUUGGCUCUGAGUGACAGCCUGUAAGAGAGGUAGGCUCUGAGUGACAGCCUGUAAGAGAGGUUGGCUCUGAGUGACAGCCCUAUAGAGAGAUUAUCCCUGAGUGACAGCCCUAUAGAGAGAUUAGCUCUGAGUGACAGCCCUAUAGAGAGGUUGGCUCUGAGUGACAGCCUGUAGGAGAGGUUGGCUCUGAGUGACAGCCUGUAAGAGAGGUUGACUCUGAGCGACAGCCCUACAGAGAGAUUAGCUCUGAGUGACAGCCCUAUAGAGAAGUUAUCUCUGAGUGACAGCCCUAUAGAGAGAUUAGAUCUGAGUAACAGCCCUAUAGAGAGGUUGGCUCUGAGUGACCUUCCUAUAGAGAGGUUGGCUCUGAGUGACAGCCCUAUAGAGAGGUUAGCUCUGAGUGACAGCUUUAGCAUAUAGUCGGGAGACUACUAAUGCCAUCAAUCAUUGCCCAGAGCAGAGGCUGUGGAAUUGAUGAGUGCAGAGAGCUCUGUGCACUUAAAGGGGUUAUCCAGGAAAAAAACUUUUUUU